CUCAAAUUUAACAGUGUUGCCGUUCAGCCAGGCGCUACGCGUUUCGGAACGGUUUUGCUACAUCAUUUAUUUUCAUGUAAUACGAAGUUAAUUUGGAAAAGUGCAAUAGUGACAUCAAGUGUAGUGACAAGUGCAGUGAUGAGGCCCCCAUCGGAAUACAAUGACGCCAGGAUGCCCGCUGAGGCGGAGCAGGGAGAUACUAGGGCUCCUGCUAUGAUGAUUUGCGCGAGAUUAGCUGGACGAGCAAUUAUAAGGGUUGUUGGACGAUGUGAGGAUGCACAGGAAAACAGUCAAUUAGAUUUAUCAGAAUGUCAACUAAUGCAAGUACCAGAUGCUGUGUACCAUUUGAUGCGGCACACAGAAUUAAAGAGCUGUGACCUCAGUGGCAAUGUUAUCACAAAAAUUCCACCAAAGUUUACUGUUAAAUUUAGUUUAAUCACAGACUUAAACUUAGCAAAUAACCAAAUAGCCAAACUACCAGAUGAGCUCUGUACUUUGGCAUGUUUAGAACGACUGGACAUCUCACACAACUCCUUUGUGGCCCUACCUCACAUAGCCUGCCAGUGCCCCAGCCUGCAUACACUACUCGCACAUCAUAAUCAAAUUAUUGAAGUUGAUGUUAAUAGAUUAGAGAGGUCUCGGGCACUUGAAUACGUGGAUCUUAGUGAUAACCCUCUUCCACCACGGACAUAUGAAGAACUUAAACAGCUCACCCACCCUCGCCUAUCUAUGUCAGAGCGACAGAAAGAAGAUUGGGAAGAGGAUCUUAUACUUUAAGAAUUUUCCUUAAUGGAAAUAGAUAAUAUGGAGAUUGUGACCUUAAUGUAACAAAAAACUGUGCUUUUAUGAAGUUAUUUAGACAUUAGCACAAAUGUUUGAUAUAUUUGUAUUGUAUAUUAUUUUAAUUCAAAUAAUGUAAUAUACAUUAUUUAAACUAUAGUGGUUUGCAGCUUGGCAGACUACAAAACUAUUAUUGCUAUAUUAUAUUAAGCAUGCUUUAUUGAGCUGUUCCUCUUUACAAAGUGAUUAAACAAAAAUAAAAAAGGGUGC